GCCACAGAAUUGCUUUCGGCUUUGAGACAAAUGUAACCACAACGCUUUGGCGAGGGAAUUGGCACAAAAUUAUAAGUAUACAUCCAAGAGGGUACGAAAUUGUCUGUGAAAAUGAUGCGACUUCCGGGAAUGCCCAUGUUGCCAGGUGCGCAGUUCUACGAUCGCGCCAAGCGUCGCCAUCCGCGACAGCAGACGUUGAUGCACUACCAGGGCAUCCAGAUGCUAUCAGACCGCCGGGAGCCGGAACUCGUGGAGCCCAACGGCAUUGUGGCCGAUCCCAAGUGUCCGCCUGUGCCCGCCCAGCUCAACAGCCUGUGGGCCCCGAAGGCCACCACCAAGCUUCCCCCCUGGCUGGCCUACGACAAGCAGGUUCUCUGCUUCAGCGCCUACUUCAAGGAGAACCUGACCGAGGUCUACCACGCCCCCUACCAGGUGCGCAAGGUGAAGAUCUACUUUUACCUGGAGGACGGCACCAUGCAGGUCACCGAGCCAAAGGUGGAGAACUCCGGCAUCCCACAGGGCUGUCUGGUCCACAGGCAGCGCAUCCCGAAAGCGCUCCCCACCGACCGCGAGUUCAUCUCCAUCUUCGACCUCAACGUGGACACGGACGUGCAGAUCUUCGAUCGGGUCUACCAUAUCAGCGGGUGUGACAUCUUCACCCGUCAGUUCCUUAACCGAGCUGGAAUCUUUGUGCCUGAGGCCCAGCAGGAGCCAUGCGAUCCCACCACAGAAAUCCGAAAACGUUCCGGCUUGAAGCAGACAGCAAGUGCCUCUUCCUCGGCGCUCCCCAAAAAGCACUCAUUUGCCCAGUUUCUCGAAUUCGAUAGGCGAGUGCUGAAGUUCCAAGGCUAUUGGAAUGAUCGCAGCGAGUUUGGCGACGUACGGAAGCUGGAAAUCUGUUACUACCUGGCCGAUGACACCAUUGAUAUCAAGGAGAAGUUCCCACGGAAUUCUGGGCGAGAAGGGCCCAGUACUUUUUUGAAACGGGGCAAGCUGCCAAAAGAGUUUUCGGGACUGCCGCUGCCCGGACAGCAGACGGCCAUGACGCUGCUCAAUGUGCUGGGCAAUAGUAUGCGCGAUGUGCGUUACGUAGCCGACCCGUUGAACACUGGCCAAAAGCAGGUCCACCACUACACCGAUCAGGACCUGCAAAUAGGGGCAGUCCUUAAUGUCUUCGGAAGGCCUGUCGUCCUCACAGGCUGUGACCAGUUCACACAGAGUUACUACAGGGAGAAGUACGGCAUCCAGGAGUUCUGUGCCCAACCAGUUCCGGAGCGCAGUGAUGCUCGACCGUACACCCAGGGAGGCAUGGGAUCUCGUAGGCUGCCACCCUACAAUGGGUGGGGAAGCCAUGAGGAUUCAGAGGGCAAUUGUAUCACGGUAGAGCCCAAGCCACCGCAGGCAGACUUCAAGAAGCUCUUUAAAUACGAUGGCUGCAUACUGCGCUUUGGGGCAAAGCUCGUCUCGGCCAUUCGGGACAAUGCAGAGCGUGAUUUUGUCAUAAGCUACUUCCUGGCGGACGAUACGGUCCAGAUCUACGAGUCGUCACGUCGAAACUCGGGAUUUUUGGGCGGGGAGUUUCUUAAAAAAGCCCGGGUUCCACUGCCGGGUCAGGAUAUGUUUAGCUCCUCGCGUCCUGAGUACUACAGGGCCAACGACUUCUAUAUUGGACGCACCAUGACUCUUAAGGAUCACAUUUUCCACAUAGUUUCGGCGGAUGAGUUUACGUUGAUGUACAUGGAGCAGCAUCCCAGCGAGUUCCCCGUAGCCGAUAUUCGACUGAUUAUGCAAAAGAUCCGCGAAGCAGUGCGCCCGGAGUACAAGGAGUUUGUGCUGCGCUGCAAGCCGGAUGGAGACCUCGGAGACUUCACCACCGUCAGCUUCGACACGCUGCGCUCGACCCUCCUGUCCUAUCUGUCCAAGGAUUGCCUGCUCAAUCAUGAAAUUGUGACCGUGUGUCGCUUUUUCUCGGCUGAGCAGGCAAUGCCUCCCAGCUGCGACAGGAAUCGAGUGCGAGCUGCCGCCCAACUGGAACUGAAGCGAGCUUUAUGGAACGGCGUGGAGCAGCUGAACGACCACCUAAGCCACAUCAAUCCGUCGUGCAGGCCAUACAUCAGCGAGGCUCAAGUGAGGUCCACAUUGCGAGGGUGCCGGCUGCCCUUUAGUCUGGAGCUUGUGGAAGACAUCUUGAUGGUGCUACAGCGCAAUGGACAAAACGAGAUCGAGGUGCGCGACUUCCUGGCCUUCUUCAACAUGCGCAACGACCAGGUGCCCGACAUUGCUCCUCUCAAUAUUGCCUUCGAGCUAUGCCCCAAGCUGCCGUUCCUGCACAAAGGUCGCCUGGUGGAUUUCACCUGGUUCCUGGACUACCUUGGCCUAGAGGAAGAACUGAAGCGAGCCAACAGUUGA